UGGAGAAGCCACACCGAGGACAAUUGUCCUUGUAGGGCCAGCAAAUCUAAAGGAAAAGGGCGUCCCCGUAAGAUUUCCAAACAGCCCUUGGAAUGGAAAGCAACAGAAACUUGUGGAAGCGAAACCGAAAGUGGCGAGGACAACGAAUCAGAGGGGGAAAAAAAGUAUUGUCUGGGGUUCAGUGCCGUUAUGCACAACAUUGUGUUGAUGGAAAAAGAGGAAACAGUUACAUGUGCCGGAAAGCUGGCAGAAAACUAUAAUUUCAUCUUCUUGGACAGAGAUAACAUGCUAUAUGAAAUAAAUAAGCUAACUACUGAAGAUAGACUGUUGCUUACUUGAACUAUUUUUCGCUCAGAAAAGGAAAAAACAUACAUAACAAUAAAACAUACAAGAAUCUAACUUCUGUGUUAAAUGUGACCCCUCAUACAUGGAUUCAGGCCAGAAACUCAGUUUUGACAUGUGCAAUCAAUGCCCUUAGCCACGAAAGUGCCAAGCCAGUUCAUAAGGCAGUAACUGUCGAUCAGCUUUAUUCUAUUGUGCAACCCUCUUUUGUAAGUCCAUUGAUGUUUGCUACAAAUUUCUUGGUAUACUCUGUGACACGUAGUAAACUUGCCCUUAAAAUCCAUGGUAAGAUCCACCCCGCUGGAGGAAACACCACUGUCAAAACCUGGCUAAAUAACUUAACAAUGGAAGUCCCUCAAGUUCCCUCUGGUGAUAUUCUGACAGCUAUUGACAAUGACCAGGUGCUUAUUAGGAAGUGGACUGUGCGUAAAGAUAACAGGGCACAAAUCAGUGUACUAACAAGUGUCUGUGUGGCACCUAUUUAUCCCUAUGGAACAUUGCAGUUGGAUUCAAAUCUUGCUCCAGGGUAA